AUGAAAUCGCUCCAUCUCCACGCGGGCCUGCUCUGUGUUCUCGUGCACGCCGCCGCAGCCAUGUCGCGGCAGCAGGCGCUGAAGGAGCUGGAUCUCCGAGCCGGGUACGACGGCGGGGACCUCAAGCGUGCAUAUCGCGCCCGCGCCAUCGCCACGCAUCCGGACAAGGGCGGGUCGCCGGAAGCCUUCCUGCGCGUGUCCGAGGCGUACGAGAUCCUGAGCGGGCGAAAGCAGCCGAGCGGCAGCGGCUUUGGCGGUGAACGUGCAGGUGGCGGCCGGGGCGGUGACAGUGGUGGCGGUGCAGCGAUGAGCGAGCAGGAGGAGGCGCAGAUGCGGGCGCAGGCAGAGGCGGCGAUGGCGGAGGCGCUGCGCCGCGCCGAGGAGAUGCUGGGCAAGGUGCUCGACGACUUGUUUGCGGCGGAGGACCCGCUGACUGAGCUCGUCGAGCGGCUCAUCGGUCCGGUGGGUAUGAACCCGGCGAAGUGGCUGCUCAAGCGCGCACUGAAGGGGCUCGCCGCCGCAGCAAAGCCGCUGCUGCAGCGGGCGAUGGAGAACGCCGAGGGCGCGACCAUCACGGUCAACGGCAAGCCCAUGUCGGGAAAGGAGGCGUCGCAAGCCUUUGCCGAAUGGAGGGAGGCGCUGAGGGGGAGCGCCGGCACCGGCCGCAGUGAGGCGCAAGCCGCCGCGAGCGAGGGCAAGCGAGGGCCGAAGCGCGAGCUAUGA